AUGAGCUUCGUAACGCGUACGUUCACCCCUUUCCGAUUAUACUCCCGUUUCGCUGUACGCGGCUUCGCCUCCACCGGUGGCAUUCCUGAUGACCUUGAGCAUGCCGUGGGUCGAGAGCGUCAGGAACUUGAGGCUGCCAAGAUUGGCGUAGUACAAUUUAACCGCGACCCCCUCGAGUCGGACGAGUCACAGGGAAAUUCAAAGGACGAUCCGAUCUUUGUACCAUCUUUUAACAAUAUACGCACUGUAGGCGUCUCGCACAAUGAUGCAUCGUACGUGUACUGGUUUAACAUGGAGAAGGGAAAAGUGCACUAUUUGCCGGAAAUUGAAAAGUACUUUAUGCUUUACAACCCAGAGGAGCUCGCGAAGCUUGUAAACGAAGUGGAAGCCAAGCAGCAGUAG